GUUAAAUAAUUUCUUUUUAUAGAGAAACUUUUUCUCUCAGCUACAGUUCGAUGUCCUCCAUUUUGGUCUACAGUGUCCACCAUUUUGUUCUCCAGUGCCCUACAAUGGCUGAAUGUCUCUCUAACCUCAAAAUAUAAUAAUUUUCUUCGCAACCAAUGCACUCUUAACACAGAAUAUUUGAAUAAAGAGAAAAGUUUGAAAUACUGCAGUUCUACAAAAAAUAUAUUACUAAUAAUACACACACGUGUACAUCACACUAUGUAAUCUAAUUGAAUGUUUAGAUCUAUGGACAUCAAGUGGUACACACACUCAUUGUUAAGUAAUUUCUUUUUAUAAAGAAACUUUUUCCUCCCAGUUUGAUGUCCUCCAUUUUGGUCUACAGUGUCCACCAUUUUGUUCUCCAGUGCCCUACAAUGCCUGAACGUCUCUCUAACCUCAAAAUAUAAUAAUUCUCUUCGCAACCAAUGCACUCUUGACACGGAAUAUUUGAAUAAAUAAAUGUUUGUAUAAAUAGAAAAGUAGGAUACUAUUGCGAGAAGUUUGCAUUUCGUUACAUCUCGCAACACGAUUACCGCGAAUGAAAUGCACAUGUAUUGAAUCGAUAACGUUUCAAUACUCAACCAAUUUGUUCGAAAAAGACCGAUCAUUGAUUUGCUAAUCAAUGCGUUGCAUCAGUACGAUUUAUUAUGUUAAAUUGGAGAGUUAACAGGAUUUUCCGGCAUGAUUACGCAAAACGAAUUGCGUAUCGCAGCAUUGCGAAUGACGAUGCGUAUCGACGGAAAUUGCAAGCUCGAUAGCGAGCUAUUUCGCUGGAAUUAUAAUUUUAUGUGUUUGCUAGUGAAAGCAUUUAACAAUUCAACGGAGAAACGAUUGCUGAUAAUAGGGGAAUUUGUGUUAUUUUCAAUAUUGCGAUCUGGAAGUGAUUUUAUCGGUGGAAAAAGUUCAAGUGGUUCUAGAUUCUGCUGCAGUGGCGGACAAAAGAGCGGAGAUAGUUUCUGCGAAACCCGGGCUCCUUUUUCCUCGGCACCUCGGUAACCGAGUAACCAAGUAACCAAGCGACCAAGUAACACCACCACGCACCGCGAGCAGGAAUCGCGAGAUGUUACACGAGGGGAGGAACGUCAGAUAAGUGGCAUAGUGGCGAUCUCCCGGGAAAGAAAGAGGAGUCGGCUCGUGGAACGAGGAGAGGCAAAACAGGCGGAGGAGGCAGAAGCAGCGUCUAAAGAAGAAGAAGAAGAAGAAGAAACGGAGUGGAAGAGGUUAACGGCCUCUGGCACAGUGGUGAUAAAGAGCCAAAGCAGCGGAGGCGAAACCGCAGAGAAUUCGAACCGACUCUGUAGGAACACGAGAUGAGUGGAACCUUGGAAAGAGGAAGAGGACGCGUGUGUGGAACACACGCCGAACACGCACACGCCGAUGGAUAUUUUCUGAUUCGUUCGGAAACAAACGAUCACGCUUUUCUGCCAACGUUUUAUGCUCGCAGAAUUUUAGCUCGAUGGGAAUUUAGAUAUGGUGGAGAGGUAUCGAUAAAUAUUGGUAAUGCUGGAAUGUUAUCGGGUAUUCGAUGUAUUGAUGGUAUCGUUUAGAUAGCGUAAGCAGGGUUAGGAGAUAGAGUUGAAAUAUGAAGUUUGUGCACUUUUCAUUCUUUACAUUUGUUAUUUAUAUUAGUUACAUUUUCAAUAUUAUGAAAGUUUUUGGUACAAUUUUUUGUAAACUUCGUUUUAUAUCUUUAUGUGGUUGUACUUAAAUCUGGCAGUACAUACAUGAUUCUCAAGUUUGAAUUUCCGGAAUUGUCAGAUUUUUAACGUGUAUUACACUCAAGGUUGCGAACAUCGAUAUCCAAUUUUCAAUUGUAAAAAAUAAAUUCCUUUUUUGAGGCAAUAGCAAAAGAAUCAUAUAGACCUAACCUCUAACUUCAAACGAAUUUCACUAAUCAAAUGAUGUGUCUACCAAAAGAUGUACUUAUUAAAAGAUCUAUCUGGGAUUAAAAUAUAAUAAACUGUCUUUAAAAAUUCCUUUAAUUUCAGUUAGUCAGCUCCUGAGGAUUAAAGGAAAGAAAAGAAGUCAUGCUUGUUAAGAGACGUCUAUAAAGAGACAUGACUAAAAUAUAAUGGACACUCUGCAAAUUCGUAUAAUUUCACCUAGUCAACUCCUAAAAUCUGAAGAAAAGAUGUGCUCAAAAAAUGAGCCUAUAAAGAGAUAUGACUAAAAUAUAAUUGACACUCUGAAAAUUCGUGUAAUUUCACCUAGUAAACUCCUAAAAUCUGAAGAAAAGAUGUGCUCAAGAAAUGAGCCUAUAAAGAGACAUGACUAAAAUGUAAUGAACACUCUGCAAAUUCGUAUAAUUUCACCUAGUCAACUCCUAAAAUCUGAAGAAAAGAUGUGCUCAAGAAAUGAGCCUAUAAAGGUACAUGACUAAAAUAUAAUGAACUCUCUGAAAAUUUGUGUAAUUUCACCAAGUCAGCUCCUAGAAUCCAAAGAAAAGAUGUGCUCAAGAAAUGAGCCUAUAAAGAGACAUGACUAAAAUGUAAUGAACACUCUGCAAAUUCGUAUAAUUUCACCUAGUCAACUCCUAAAAUCUGAAGAAAAGAUGUGCUCAAGAAAUGAGCCUAUAAAGAGACAUGACUAAAAUGUAAUGAACACUCUGCAAAUUCGUAUAAUUUCACCUAGUCAACUCCUAAAAUCUGAAGAAAAGAUGUGCUCAAGAAAUGAGCCUAUAAAGAGACAUGACUAAAAUGUAAUGAACACUCUGCAAAUUCGUAUAAUUUCACCUAGUCAACUCCUAAAAUCUGAAGAAAAGAUGUGCUCAAGAAAUGAGCCUAUAAAGAGACAUGACUAAAAUGUAAUGAACACUCUGCAAAUUCGUAUAA